GCAUGACGCCCUUACAGACGCACUGAGCGGAAAAUAAUAAUAACUGUAGCCUACCACACAAGCAUAAGCCAGCCACACUGAGCAUUAGUAUUCAGGAUUCACAGUGCACACAGAGCUGUUUUGUCAUUUCGUGUCCUGUCCUGUCCUGCUGCCUCACAGUUUAUCUACCUGGUGAGUGUCUGAAGUCCACCCUGGAGGGACAGAGCAGAAGUAACGGGAGGAAGACCACGGAUUUACGGACUGACCGCUCCUGUACGGAAACUGUAAAGACAUGGGAGCUGUUCUGGGGGCCUUUUCCGUCGCAAGCUGGGUGCCAUGCUUGUGCAGCAGUGCAACCUGUCUGAUGUGCAGCUGCUGUCCGAGCAUCAGGAACUCCACGGUGACCAGGAUUAUCUAUGCCUUCAUCUUGCUGCUGGGUACCAUUGUCGCCUGCAUCAUGCUGUCGCCAGGUGUGGAUCAGCAGCUAAAAAGGAUCCCAGGUUUCUGUGAAGAUGGGGCUGGCUCUUCUAUCCCCGGCCUGCAGGCUGAUGUCAACUGUGAAAUGUUUGUGGGCUACAAGGCAGUGUACCGCAUCUGCUUUGGCAUGAGUAUGUGGUUCCUGGCGUUUGCCAUUCUUAUGAUUAACAUCAAGAACAGCAGGGACCCCCGUGCUGCUAUUCACAAUGGAUUUUGGUUCUUUAAGUUUGCUGCUUUGGUGGCAGUAACAACUGGUGCCUUUUAUAUUCCAGAUGGGCCUUUUACCUACACGUGGUUUGUCGUGGGCUCUGGUGGAGCUUUCUUUUUCAUUCUGAUCCAGCUGGUGCUGCUGGUGGACUUCGCACACUCCUGGAACGAGGCCUGGGUGGGAAACAUGGAGACUGGCAACUCAAGGGGCUGGUAUGCAGCUUUGCUGACAGUCACAAUCCUCAACUACACCCUGUCAUUUAUUGCUGUCGUGCUGUCCUUCGUCUUCUACACCAAGCCUGAUGGAUGCUUCAUCAACAAGUUCUUCAUCAGCUUCAACAUGUUGCUCUGCAUUGUGGCCUCUAUUGUCUCCGUGCUGCCUAAAGUACAGGAGUCUCAGACACGUUCAGGUCUUCUACAGUCCUCCAUCAUCACCCUGUACACCAUGUUUCUGACCUGGUCUGCUAUGACCAAUGAGCCUGACCGAGAAUGUAACCCCAGCCUACUGAGUAUCAUCCAGCAGAUCACAGCCCCAACACUGGCCCCUGUGGAGAUGGAAAACCAGACAGCAGUGGUAAUCAUUGGCCCAGAGGAACCUGUCCUGACAUCCCCGUACCUGCAGUGGUGGGAUGCGCAAAGUAUAGUGGGGCUUGCUAUAUUUGUCCUGUGCAUCCUUUACUCAAGCAUUCGUUCGUCCAGCACCAGCCAGGUGAACAAGCUGACCAUGGCCUCCAAAGACUCGGCCAUCCUGGCUGAGGGCGGCAGCAGCCCUGACCUCUCAGAGGAGUCAACAGGACCCAGGCGGUUGGAGGACAAUGAGCGAGACAUGGUCCAGUACAGUUACUCCUUCUUCCACUUCAUGCUCUUCCUGGCCUCGCUCUACAUUAUGAUGACUCUCACUAACUGGUACAGCCCUGAUGCAGACUACACCAUAACCAGCAAGUGGCCAGCAGUGUGGGUGAAGAUCACCUCCAGCUGGGUGUGUUUAGCCCUGUACAUCUGGACCCUGGUGGCUCCCUUGAUCCUCACCAACCGAGACUUCAGCUAAUCAGCAGCUCCAUCUCUCUCUCUCUCUCUCUCCUCCACAAACCUCCUCCUUUUUUUCUCUACAGAAAUUCAGAUUGUGUUGCCAACAUCUUCCUUUCAAAAUAAUCUCACAUUUUAUACUUUUAGCUGGAGUUAGUUUAAUUAUUUAUUAAAAUUAAAAUUGGAUGUGGUUCAGAGGUGCCAUAACAGCUAUUUCAAGCACUAGUGAUUUCAUACCAGUGCAUAGCAGCAGCUCAUUCAGGAUACAUUCAAGAGACAUCCAAGGACAAUCCUACAUUUUCUACCAAAACACAAAAACACCAUGAAGAAAAACAUUCCAUUUGUGUGUGUAAAUUUAUUAUCAAACACAAGGUCCAAAAUAAAACCAGCAGCAUAUUUUCAUAUUGUGUACUCUUAAUAAUCUAAAUGUAUCUCUGCUGUAACAACAACAAAUAGUCAGAUGUAGUCAAACACAGAUUUUAUUUUCACUGCUUAAAAAUAUGAAUGUAUUACAAUAUUAAUGUUAGUUUGUGAACUGCACACAGUAGUUUGCUGCUAUGCCUUCUAAUGCCUUAAGUGUCUAACAUGUUUCAGAUCCAUUAAUAUAUUGAAUAUAUUAAGAGUAUUAUGAAAUACAUGAGUGCAGUGAACUACUGCCAACUAACAUGACUUAAAGUCAAGUUAAGUUUCUGCCAAAUAUUUAAGAUAUUCAAUGUGAGGGAGUUUUAGAGAUGUGAUGGUUUCAGGCUGUAAAAUAAAUCCAUACAGUGACAGGAUACAAUCAACAUUAUGACUUAUUAAUUGUUUUUCUUUCACCAUUGUAUGACUCCAAAUAGGAUGGAAUAUCUUUAAUGUUUAUUAUGAUUUUAUUUGUAAAGAAUGCCAUCUUUUUGUAAUUAAAAAAGCUGUUUUAUUAGAAAUGUCAGGGAAUGGAUAUUAAAUGGUUAAAUAUGUUAUAUAUAUAUGAAGGAAAAAAAACAGAUUUAUAUGAUACAAACACUGACCAAAUGCCUUGCAAACUAAAGUGAUUUGCUGUAGUUGGUAUAAGCAGGCUUGGUUUUCAAUGCUUCUGUAGUUUCUUUUCACACUCAUUUAAAGUCAUGCAUGUUCAGUUUGACUCCAUUUUCACAGCAGAGACUCAAUGUGAAAAACUCAGAUAAAUAAGCAAAUCCAUCUUGCAUCAUGUUUAUUAGAAUAUCACUGUAUAUUUUCAACACUUAAAUAUAAUCAUUGUUGCAUGGUAAAAGGGUCAUUAUCAAAGUAUCCUUUCAAAUAUUACUAAUAUAACUUCACAUCAAAACAGAAUGCAGUGGCUGAUUUCUCAUAUUCAGAUUGUACAAACAGCUGUGAUACAAAGAUCAUAAACAUACAGAGAAAUAAGUAAUGCAUACAUAAAACAGUCUGAAAAGAUACUGUAGUUAUAUAAUUAGGAGCAAUUCAAUAAACCACAAAUAACUUAAUUACUUUAAUUACAACUUUAACCAAAAAAACACUGCAUUGUUCAGUAAUAAGCCUUUGAACACGGCUAAUAUGAAAUGUCUGUGCUCUGAAAAUUCUCAAAUAAUACAUGGUUUUACACUUUUUUUGAGUUGCCUGUAAAUGUUGAAUUUAGCAAGGCAGUUUGGUUGAAAGGCUCCAAGUCUGUACACUGAAAGUCUGUUGUGACUUCCAUCAAUUGUACAAACACUGUAAAAGAAUAAAUUCAGGUUUACCAUUGA